AUGCAGAUCAAGCUCACCUUCAUCGUCGCUACCGUGGCCGUCAUGGCCGCCACGGCCUUCGGCAAGCCCGUCGAGACCCAGCACAUCUGCGGUAACAACGGCGCCGUCGACCCCGCCCUCGAGCAGCACAUCGCCGACCGCGUCGCCGCUUCCCGCAAGGCCGGAGACAACCAGCGUGCCGCCGUCGUCGUGCCUGUCUACUGGCACGUCAUCACCGACGGCACCUCGGGCAAGGCCACCUCCACACAGAUCCAGAACACGAUCAGCCUGAUGAACGCCGAGUACGCCGGCACCGGAUUUAGCUUCCAGCUCGCCGGCACCGACACUACCGUCAACUCCAACUGGUACAACAAUGUCAACCAGGGCACCUCUGCUGAGGCUGCUAUGAAGAACGCACUCCGCAAGGGCGGACCUGAGAGUUUGAACAUCUACACGGUCUCCUUUGGCAACUCUGGCUUGCUUGGAUAUGCCACCUUCCCCUGGUCCUACAGCAGCGCCCCCAAGAACGACGGCCUGGUUAUCACGGCCAACACCUGGGUCGGCGGAUCAUACCCGAAUUACGGCACCGGCAAGGUCUUCGUUCACGAGGCUGGCCACUGGUUCGGCCUGUACCACGUCUUCCAGGGAGGCUGCUCGGGCUCCGGCGACGGCGUCGACGACACUGCCCCCCAGUCGGCGGUCACGCGCGGAUGCCCGACGGGCCAGGACUCGUGCCCCGGCGGCGGACUGGACAACGUGCACAACCACAUGGACUACUCGUCGGACGCCUGCCGCACCGACUUCACCCCUGGCCAGAUCUCGCGCAUGCAGAGCAUCUCGGGCACCUACCGUUUCUAA